AACAUUGCCUACGUCACCAUAUCAAAAUGCCAUCCCAACUGCGUGUGCUGACCCUCAACUGUUGGGGCGUUCCGGGAUGUCCGAAGAUGCCCGAGCGAUUCCAGGCCAUCGGAGAGGAGCUGAGCACCGGGAAGUACGACUUGGUGUCUUUGCAAGAGGUAUUUACCCAGGGUAUGUUCAGAAAGGUGGUUUCCCUGGUCAACAAUGUACUACCGUAUCAUCAUUACUUCUACAGCGGGUAUACUGGAAGUGGAGUCUGCGUGCUUUCCAAACACCCCAUCACAGCCGUGUGUCAGCACCAGUACACGCUGAACGGCCAUCCACAGGACGGCUUGAAACUGGAGCUGGACUGGUUUGGCGGGAAACUCCUCGGGCUCUGCCGUAUACAGUACUCUGGGAAGGAGAUUAACUUCUAUGCCACGCACACCCACGCUGCACACAAGUCACCGCCCGAGCUGAGUCCGUACAAGGCGCACAGGGUUUCCCAGGCUUUCGAAAUCAGUCAGUUCAUUCGCUCCACCGGCGGGACUGCAGACCUGAACAUUCUCACGGGAGACUUGAACUUCCGGCCCGGGGAGCUGGGGCUGAAAAUCAUCCAGUCGGACACGGGGAUGGAGGACGCCUGGCUGACGGCUGAACACAAGAAUGCAGAUGACAGCGGCGUUACCGGCAAUCAUCCUGAAAACAACUUCGCGACUGGAAACCAGCAGAGAAUCGACUACAUCCUCUAUAAGGGGUCUACCGAGUGCAAGGUGAAGUGCGUCCACUGUGAAACCACCAUGCACAAGGUUCCUGGAAAACCCUUCAACUACUCUGACCAUGAAGCUGUGCUGGCGCACUUUGAACUGGAGACGGUGUCAGGGCCAAGUGAUGCUCCGGUAAACCCUCCUGACCUGUCCGAGCGCGACGCGUCCCUCCGCCAGGCGGUCCAGAUUCUGGAGGAGAAGCUCGCCUCCUCAGCAUCCAGCCGGCUGUUCUACGUGGCAGUCCUCCUCCUCUCCCUGCUCCUGAUGUUCUCCACCAGCUGGUUCCAGCUCCAUCACCUCUUGACGUCACUGCUGCACCUCCUGCUCGGGAUCCUCAUUAGCUGGAGCUUCUGGAUGGGCGUGGUCGUGGUGAAUACAGAGGAGAGGGGUCUCCUGGCAACCAAGGCUGGGAUUGAGAUACUCCUGAACGGGUCCGGGAAGAAAUGCGAUUGAGGCACUGUAUACAGCUUCCACGAAGAGCAAAUACUUUUACAACUAACAAAAAACUAACAUAUUUAACAUAUUUAUGUCACUUUGGUACGAUAAGUUUGUUGUUUGUUUUAUCCAAGGGACAUUUAUCUGAUUAUGAAGCAAUCCAACUUAUAAACUGUGACCCAGUUAAAUGGGUAACUCUAAUGUAAGACAUUUCAAUAUAGAGGAUUAUUACAAUUAAAGUAUAAGAACACUAACGAUACGUAAUGAUAUGUGGUAGAGUAAUAACCGAGAUGCAUACAGGUCACAACAAAGACAAAACAUCAAUGUAUCGGUAAAAGUAUCAUAGUCUAGCAUAUAAGAUCGGCUUCUUCUCGCUUCUUACUGAUGAACAUGUAAUACGUUAUUGUAUGGGUUUAGCAAU